ACCCGUUUGAAAACUUCCCUUUCCCUCUCUUCCUCUCCGUUUCCCCCUCCCUCUCGUUCUCUCGGAGCCUCCAUGGCGGAGUGGCUCGUCAGCGUCUUUCUCUUCUUCUUGGUGGUGCCCUCGAGUAUGUGGUAGCCAAUUUUUAACUCUCUGAACAACGGCGCGGUGUUUCUCGACCCUUCUCAGCUUGUCGCCCCCUUCUUCCUUCCGGUCUCGUCAUCGGCUACACGUGUUAGCGAUGCCGUUAGGGUUCAGGGUUUGCGUCCGCAAUGGAGAAGGAAGCUGACCUUCGGCCGUCGCAGCCGGUUGGUGAGAGGAAGCUCCCUCCUUUCUCGGAUAGCCGGGGCAGUGCUGCCCCACCGGUGAAGAUCAAGGAUUUCCUUCUACAUGCUCGGGCGGCCUUGCAGCGCUCGCAGCAGCCUGUAGGCCCAUCAGCUUCUAUUUCUGGACGAGCUAGACGAGUUUUGGUUGCUCAAGCCGAUCCAUUGAAGGAUUGUUCUGUGAGCGUUGAAAGUAGCGUUAACAGUGACGUGGGCAACAUAAGCGAUUCUUUAUACAAUUUUGUGUCAGAGAAACCAUGGACGGAUUUGGCUUCUGGAACUGGUAUGAAUCUUACAUCCAUGGUACAGGAAACAAAAAUUGAUUGCAGGAAGAGAAAGGGAGAUUCAAAGGUAUCGUCACCCGAUGAUACCUUGUUUAGUUCAGCAAGCAAUAUGAAGGAUCUAAGCAGCGAGAUUGGAAAUAUGGGUGGGAUCGGCUCCAGUGAACAAUAUCCAUGGCUUCCGCAACCAGUGCCAAACGCUCGUAACUCUGUUGAUGAAGGGAGUAGGUUGAUGAAUAUCUACGCUAGUGUUAGCAAGGAUUUGCAGGUGUGUCCAUCUCAUGGAGCAGUCGCACGAGAGGUUUUUGUAACUUCACAUCCAAGCGAACAGCCUUGCAAAUCAUUGUUAGCUGAUACCUCACAAAAGGUUUUGUCAUCUUCAUCUGUUAGUGUGAAUCCUUAUGCUUAUUCUUGUGAAAAACAGCAUCCUGGCCUAUCUAAUAGCUUGUUGAUGCCUACAAUCGAGGCUAAAGUUGACGCUAUGGAUACAGUUGCCUCCACAAGUCGAUCGAAUCCACAGUGGGCAGACUCGAAAAUAGCCACUAGCACUGGAACGGAUGGCUUGUCAUCAUACUUCACAUCUCUUGCAUUCACGAAGAAUGAUAACAAUGAAAGUCAGCCAAAGCAACCUGCAUUUGAAAAUCAGGAUAUAAAGGAGUGUGGGGACAUGAUUGUGCAUAGGACUGCUUCAAAAGAGGUCUAUAUGGGUACUAUAGGGUCUUCAGCAAAACUGAAUGCAGACAUAUUAAAUCAGAAGCUUAUAUCAUUUGCUGGGAAGGAAGCAAUUAAUUCAUUGACGGUGUCUUCAGCUGCAACCUCUCUUCAGUGGACUUCUGCAGCUCCUUUAAAUUCCGUAACAUACAAUCCAUCUUUCUAUGAUGACAUCAAUUUCAAGGUCGAAGGCCAACCACAAGAGAAGUCUGAUGGAAAUGUGAAAGCCAAAAACGAGCCGACUGAGGUGCCUCACUUUGACAAGUUGAACCUUUUGUCAAAUUCUUCAUCACGGCCUGUAUCCAACUCUUUGGCUCCAGAGAGAGCAGAAUCAAUGCAAAUGUCAUUAUCUUCUAUCCCACAUACUUCAUCAACAGUUCAAGAUCAGGGCCCUUUAGAGCAGUUGUACCAGUCUAAAAAGGAGACUAUCCGUCCAUCUUAUGGGUGUCCAAACCAUCAGAAUCCCAAAGCUAAACAGGAUCUAGGUAUCGGAAAAGAGGUUUCAGACUCUGAUAAUGCUGUUAUAAAUGGUGACAUGAAAUCCAAGCCUUCAAAAACAAGCUCUUCUUCAAAUAUCAACACUGAACAUUCUAAUGUAGUCAAUGCAGGAAAAGUUACUAGUAGCAAAGAAACAGGUGUUUCACGUAAACGAAAUUAUGAUCCUGAUGUGUUCUUUAAGGUCAAUGGAAAACAUUAUCAAAAACUUGGAAAGAUAGGGAGUGGUGGCAGCAGUGAGGUCUACAAAGUCAUAUCCUCUGAUUGUACCAUUUAUGCUCUCAAAAAGAUCAAACUAAAGGGUCGUGAUUAUUCUACAGCCUAUGGAUUUUGUCAGGAAAUCAAGUAUUUGAAUCGUCUUCGAGGAAAAAAGAAUAUCAUACAACUCAUUGACUAUGAGGUCACUGAUAAACGGCUGCUAGAAGAGGCCAAUAAUGUCUCAACCACUAUGAAGGAUGGAAGAAUAACUGAUGAUGUUUGCAUUUAUAUGGUACUUGAAUAUGGAGAAAUUGAUUUGGCACACAUGCUGUCUCAAAAGUGGAAAGAAUUCAAAGAAACAGAUAGACCCAACAUGCAAAUGGAUGAGAAUUGGCUCCGCUUCUAUUGGCAGCAAAUACUCGAGGCUGUGAAUACAAUACAUGAAGAUCGCAUUGUGCACUCAGACUUGAAGCCUGCUAAUUUCCUUCUAGUGAAAGGCUCCCUGAAGUUGAUUGACUUUGGGAUCGCAAAGGCAAUACAAAGUGAUACAACCAAUAUCCAAAGAGAUUUGCAGGUGGGCACACUGAAUUACAUGUCACCUGAAGCUUUCAUGUGCAAUGACCAAGACUCAGAGGGAAACACUAUCAAAUGCGGUCGACCAUCAGAUAUUUGGUCACUUGGAUGUAUUCUCUAUCAGAUGGUUUAUGGAAGGACACCCUUUGCUGAACAGAAGACAUUGUGGGCCAAGUACAAAGUAAUCACGGACAAAAAUCAUAAGAUCACUUAUGGUCCAGUAUCAAACCCAUGGUUGGUUGAUCUCAUGAAGAAAUGUCUUGCAUGGGACCGGAAUGAACGGUGGCGGAUACCUCAGCUACUGAACCACCCUUUUCUUGCACCUCCAGUACCUUCCUAUUUACCAUCUUCCUUGGAUCAGCAAUGUGGGCUUCUUAUGCAGAUUUCUGAGGAAUAUAGUGUUGUCCCAGAAGUUUCUGUACUCUGUAGCCAAUUAAAGCAGCUGAUUGUUGGUUUCAGCAGAGACACGCAAGGCUCUCUGUAAUAGAGUGAUAAAAGGAGCAGCCGGUGUACUUGUUCUUGUGAAAAUUUGAUAUGUAUUCUUCC